AUGUUCGAUUCUGCAUUUUUUCGUGCCGCUGGAGUGGUCGCAGUCAUGAGUGUCUGCAUUUAUAGUAUGUCUAUUUUUGACAAAAUACAGAUUUACACAGGAGUUGACGAGUAUGCUGAAAAACCUUGGCCAUCAAUGCCAUCAUAUUUUGCUAUGCCAUUGAAUACAUUAAUUAAUAUUAUUUAUACUUUUCUCGGAGUCUAUUGGUUAUUUUUACGUCGUCAAAAAAGAGAUCAUAGUAUCAAUUUACGUGUUUUUUGUUGGAUUAUUAUUAUUUAUAGUGGAGUUCAGUUAUUUCGUAUUAUUACACAACAACAUUUUUUUGGUGUACUUGAUCAAUGGUAUACAUUACAUAUAGCUUCAUGGGUAUUUCUCUGGGCAUUGAGCUUACAAUUGGAGAAGGACAACUGGAUAGUAAAAAAUUUCAUUCUAAUUGAAUUAAUCUUAUGUCUUUCGUAUCCAAUUCUCGGUAAUCUACAUCCCCAUGGUUAUGAAGUAACAAUUGGCACGCACCUUAUUCUCAUUCUUGUAGCAGUCAUUCGUCUUCAUAUGAAUCUAAAAAAUGAAAAAGAUGCUAAUUUUCGUUUAUGUUUGUUAUGUAUAUGUGCAUCCUGUUGUAUAGGUUUUGUAUUAUUUGAUUUAUUGGAAUUGUAUUUAGCAACUUUAUGGCCAUCUAUGUUUACUGUUUGGUCAGGACAUUUCUUUUCAAGAGUAUGUGAUAUUCUACAAAUUCAUUUUAUGAUUACACUCUUAACAAUGAUUGAAGACUAUAAAUUUCAAGAACAUAACGAAAAAGUUAAAUUGAAGAGAAUAACACAAAAAUAUAAAUAG